UUCAAUUUCCACUGGAUUAGUGAACUCGCACAAAGAAACAGGUCCUUGAAGCUGUGAUUUGAACCCUCAGACUCUAAUCCAGGCUGAUUACAGGCCUGGAAUCAUUACCCGCGAUGGUCACACAGAUGAUUGGGUGGGCGUCAAUGGUUUUGAAUUUUCUCUCCUCCCUGCUUUGGACCCAGAUCAAGACAUAGAGUAUACAUAGGGAAGAUGACUGUUAAGGGAAGUCCAGCACUCCAGCUAUACAAAAACCUUCAUGUACAUAGCCCUGUACAACAGGAAUUGAGUUCUCCUUUUCUCAUUCAUUUCAAUUUGAAAUUGCUUGGUGCUCACCGAAGGCUAAAGAAGAGAGCAGCCAAAGCCUAAAGCCCGUGUUAAUCGACAUUCGUCAAGGUCAAGUCCGUGUGAGAUCUUGUGAAGCCAAGGGGAUCUCUUUAUGGCAUUGGGGUGGUCCCACUCUCUGUGUGACUUCUCUUCUAUUGCUUCUGCUUGAUCCUUCUUAUAGGGUGCAUGCAUAUCAGUUGCAUCAUUACACCUGGAAAGAGCUUCUCAAGUGCAUAUUAAACUCCCGACAGAACACUUUCUAGAUCUGCCCUAAUUAAGAUGGUCUCUUUUUUUACUUGACUUACAUUUCUUCAAGAAAUCUGGAUAUGGUAACUCCCAGUUUUCUGUGGAAUUUCACUAAAAAGUCUGUGACGGGCGGAUUGAUAGGUCUUACCAUUUCAGACAGAUAUGCAAGUGUUGCUUCUGUGCAAGGUCUCUCCAUGCAUCCCACAUUCAACCCAGGCACAACUACCUUUCUGGGAUCAUUGACUGGUGACCGUGUUUUGGUGGAGAAGUUUUGCCUUGAAAAGUAUAAAUUUUCACAUGGUGAUGUGAUAAUCUUUCGGUCCCCAAGUAACCACAAGGAGAAAUAUAUAAAGAGAAUCAUUGCAUUGCCUGGUGACUGGAUCAGAAUCCCUCAUUCAUAUGAUUCACUGAAAAUUCCAGAAGGGCAUUGCUGGGUGGAGGGGGACAACUCAACUUCCAGCUUGGAUUCAAAGUCUUUCGGCCCGAUACCUUUGGGUCUAGUUGAAGGGAGGGUUACCCAUAUAAUCUGGCCUCCUCCAAGAGUUGGUGAAGUAAAGAGAAAAAUUCCUCUAGGAAGACUUUCAUCCUAGUGUUUCUGUUCCAGUGGCUGAUUCGCUUUCACCAGGAGAACCCUACCCCUUGCAUGACACAUCUAAAAGAACCCUUUUUUUU